UACAAGCGUAACUGACCAAUCUGGACUGAGACCCCAAUCUAAAGCCUAUCAAGGACGGUGCCUGUUCGAUCUCCCUCGGAUGCUAAGUUGCUAAUGAUACAGACGGGAGGCGCUAAGCCUUGGAUCCUCCGGGCUUCCCAUGCUAGCAGAGCGUCGCAGCGUCUCUUGAUUUUUAUUGUUUCUCGAGAGGGCCUGAUCCUAGUGGACUCCCAUCUGAAAACGGUGUUAGUAUACUUUCCCUUUGCGCGAAUUGUCAUCAAUCGCCGCAAAGGUCGAUGUAACCAAAAAAAAGUCCCUCCUCAUAAAUGGACCUGUCUAGCCCCCGUCCGCCAUCAGGACCUGAGUCCCCCCCAAUCUGAUUUAGUCCUCGUCAAGUCACCCUCAAGUCGUUCACAAUGACAGUUCGGAUAUCCUUAUGACAUUUGCUUUUCCCGCUUCGGGCCUUUUCUUCUUUUGAACAAGAUUGUUACACCCUAUACAUCGUUGAGUAGUCCGGGGACUGCGCCAGAUAGGAUCUGACAUAAAACUUAUUCACCAUUUAUUUGUCUGUCCAGCCAAGACAAAAUCUCCCCAACAAAGGGCACUUAUAUACUUUCCUCCCAUGGCAGACCCCGAACUGUCAAGCCCUAGCGAUGCGGCCAAGAUAAAGAUCGCAGAUGACGUCCACCCGGCGCACACAGACAGCACCGGCGUGCCCAUCACCAGGGUCGACACGGGCUUCGUCGGCGGCGUGUACAGUGCCCGCAGCAUUCAGCGGCGCAUGAGCCUGCCUCGCCACAUCACAUUUGAUUCGAGGCCUGGAACCGAGGCCGUCACGCCCGGUGUCGACAAUGAGGACGGAGAAGGCUGGCUCGAUGAUGGAGCAAAGAAGAAGCAGGUUUUUAGCGGCAGGACAUUGAUUUGGCUCGCUUACCAGUCCAUCGGUGUCAUUUAUGGUGACAUUGGUACCAGCCCACUGUACAUGUUUUCGUCAACGUUCACAACUGCACCGGAUCCCAACAGUGUUGUCCAGGUGUUGUCAGUUGUCAUAUGGGCCAUCACUCUUAUCGUGACCGUCAAAUACGUUAUCAUCAUCCUUCUUGCCGACAAUGAGGGCGAAGGUGGAACUUUCAGUACCUACUCGCUGCUUACUCGCUAUGCCAACAUUACAGAUCGUGACCCGCGUGAACAACACCUCGUACGCGUUGAGCGCCACAAGACCAUGGAUCUUGACCCUGGAACCAAUCGCAUCCGCCGUACACUAGAGAAGAGCAUGUUUGUCCGCGGCCUGCUCAAGGCUAUCGCUGUCAUGUCGGUAUCCAUGGUGAUGGCCGAUGGCGUGCUCACACCGGCGCAGUCUGUUCUGGGCGCCGUGCAGGGAUUGACUGUCGUGAACCCGGAUAUCUCAAACCCGGUCGUGGUCGGCACCACUUGCGCCAUCAUUGUGCUUCUCUUCGCGAUUCAGCCACUCGGCACAGCCAGGCUUGCCUCGGGAUUCGCACCCAUCGUCAUUCUCUGGCUGGCCUUCAACCUGGGCUUUGGAAUCUACAAUCUCAUCCAUUACGACUGGACCGUGCUACGAGCUUUCAGCCCCUACUUUGCCAUCAAGUUCUUCAUGGACUACAAGACCGAUGGCUGGAAGAUGUUGGGCGGCGUCCUGCUCGCCUUCACCGGUGUCGAGGCCCUCUUUGCUGAUCUGGGUGCCUUUAGUCUCGGCGCUAUCCGUCUCAGCUGGCUUACAUACACAUACCCAUGCCUGCUGAUCGGCUACGCCGGCCAGGCGGCCUUUAUCAGCGUGAAUCCGGAUGCGUUCUCAAACCCCUUCUACAACACGGUCCCACCGGGAAUGCUGUACCCCAGUCUCAUCCUCGCGGUGCUUGCAGCCAUCGUCGCCAGUCAGGCCAUCAUCACAGCGACGUUUCAGCUCGUCAGCCAACUCAUGAAGCUCUCGUACUGCCCGCAGGUCAAGAUUGUGCACACGUCGAGCACCUUCCAUGGUCAGGUGUACGUACCCUUCCUCAACUGGCUGCUCAUGGCCGGGACCGUGCUGGUGACGGCCGUCUACCGCGACACGACGAGGCUGGGCAACGCCUAUGGCGUCUGCGUCAUGUUUGUCACCUUCUUCGACACGUGCAUGGUGACCCUGGUGGCACUCAUCGUCUGGCGCAUCAACCCUUUCAUCGUCUUCCUGCCCUGGCUCGUUUUUGCAACGCUCGACGGCCUGUUUUUGAGCUCGGCCCUCAUCAAGGUCCCCGAGGGCGCCUGGCUCACGUUGCUGGUCAGCGGCUUGCUCGCUGCGCUCUUUUUGCUGUGGAGGUUCGGCAAGGAGAACCAGUGGCGCGCCGAGGCCGAAGACCGCUUCAGGCCCGGCACGCUGGUGACGGUCGAGCCCAGCCGCAAGGUCGACGCGGACAACAAGACGGCCAUAGACGUCAGCUCCAUCAACUCGCAGGACCAGCCAUUGCUGUCGGAGGCGGCGGCAGCAGCAGCGACCAUGGGACCGGCAACGCUCCGACUGACGGACAAGUGGGGCGGCGAACAGCUCUCGCGCAUCAAGGGGAUGGGCAUCUUCUUCGACAAGACGGGCGUCAUGACGCCGACCGUCUUCACGCAGUUUGUGACCAAGCUCGUCGCGGUCCCGGACGUCAUGGUCUUCUUCCACCUGCACCCGGUCGAGACCCCGACCGUCCCGGACCACCAGCGCUACGUCGUCUCGCGCUUCCGCGGCAUCCCCGGCUGCUACCGCGUCGUCGUCCGCCACGGCUUCAUGGACGAGGUCAUCAGCCCCGACCUGGCCGGGCUCGUGUACGAGCAGCUGCGGGAGUUCGUGGCCAGGGGCGGCGUGGAGCGCGGCGCCGGCGACAGCGCCGAGUGGGCGGUCGCGACCGGCGCGGCGGUCGAGGCCGUAGCCGCCACGGUGGACGCGCCGGGAGAUAACGGCUCGGUGGACGACGAAAAGGCCAUGAGGAAGCGCAGGAGCCUGCCGCCGCUGGAUACCGAGGCGGCGGCGGCCGCCAACGUUGCAUCGGUCCCGGCGGCCAUGGUGAAUGGCGCGGACAGGAACGCGCGCAUCGUGGCGGAGCUGGAGAGGGUGGACGCCGCGUACGCGCACAAGGUCAUGUACGUGGUCGGCAAGGGUCAGAUGAGGGUCCGGGCCGAGACGGGCUGGUUCAGGAACAUGGUGCUGAGCACAUUCUUGUGGAUCCGGGAGAACACGCGGGCCAAGAUUGCGAACCUGAGGCUGUCGAUGGAUAGGGUUGUUGAGGUUGGGUUCGUCAAGGAUAUCUGA